AUGUCGAUGAUUUUUAUGAGUAACAGCUAAUAUUCUGAUAAGAAAGAUAAGGAAAAUUUAAAAUAUUUUUCUUUUAGGAAACAGUAUACAUUUUACGAGAGAGAGCGUGAGCGAGAAAGAAAUGACAGAAUUAGUAUAAAAUCUCUAAUAUAGAAUGUUAAACUCAAAACAAGAAUCAGGAAUUUAAUCGAUAAGUUACCUUCUAGGAGGUUUCACAAGUUAGAUGAGUAUCAUUAUAAUUUGGUAGGAGACAUAUCAGAAAAAUCUGUGAAUACUAUUCAAGACAAAGAUAAUAAUUCUAAUUUUGAAAUUCCUAUUUUUAUUCACGAGGCUUAAGCAAGCUAAAUGAGGAAGUUAAAGAAGUUAUAAUCAUUAAUGAAUAAGCAGCAACAAUAAAUAAACACCUUGGAUAUCUUGAGAGGGAUAUAGAGAAACUUUAAUUUGAGCUGCAUUAAACGAGCCAUUUAAUACACUAUUGGAAAUUUUCCAAUUAUAGAUCCUAAUUCAAUUUGGAAGCUUUUUUGGGAUUUCUGUAUGUGUGUUAAAAUACUCAUUCUAUGCUUUAUUUGUUCAGUUAGAAUUACAGAUAUUUAUGAUAGUAUUUCUACUUAUGCUGGUGAUAACUACACAUUAAUGGUUGUAUUUAUUGUUUUGUAGUCUUUAGAUAUGGUUAUAUGUGCAAACACUGGAUACUAUUAAAGAGGAAGACUUGUAAAAACAAGAGAAGACAUUAUCAAAAAAUACAUAGUAAAAAAUGGAUUUACUGAUAUAUUAACCUUAUAAGCUAUGAUUUUUGAGCUUCAUAGAUGGCAUUUAAAAAUAGGAUAAGACCAAAAGUUUUCAUCCUAUACAAGUUCGUAUAAAACUUAUGUUAUUGUUUGUAUUUUUGAAGCUAUCGUUUUAUUACUCUACUUCAUAAAAGGUAUGAGAAUCACAAAAUUGCUCACUAAGCUUGAAGAGUAAUUCUAAGUUACAAGAAAGCAACUCAAUUUACUUUAGCUUGUAAAACUAUUAGUUUUUGUUUUGAUUGUUUCUCAUAUUUUUGCUUGCAUUUGGUUAUUUGUUGGCAAGAAUAGCGGACUCUCUGUUACUUGGAUUACAGCAUAUAAGCUAGAAAAUUAGCCAUGGUCGACAUAAUAUAUUAGAUCAUAGUAUUAUGCAUCCGUUACUAUGAUUACUGUUGGCUAUGGUGAUACUGUGCCAUAAAAUGACACUGAAGAGAUUAUUUGCAUGAUUGGAAUGAUGCUUACUUGUGGUGUUUUUGCAUAUGCAAUCAAUAGUAUUGGAAGUAUUUUGAAUGAGUUAAAUUUAGAGAACGCUAAAAGAAAAGAAAAUAUGCUGGUAAUAAGCCAAUAUAUGAGAGAGAAAAACAUCCAACGUAACUUACAAAGUGAGGUUAGAGAAUAUUUAGAGUAUUACUGGAAGGAAUGGAACGAAACUCAAAUUGAGAAGGAGUAGUAAAUAAUAUCUCAGCUUAGCGAUCAUCUUAGAAAAGAAUUACUUUUUCAAGCAAAUAAAACAAUUAUCCAUGAAUCAAGCUUAUUAACUCAUUAUUUUAGUGAUUUUUUUAUUCAAAAAAUUAUCCACAUCAUUAAAGAGUUUAAGGCAACACCUAAUCAAACGAUUGUUUGUAGUCAAGGUCCUGAGAGUAGAAAAGGAGUUGUUUUUUUUGUCGAAAAAGGCGAAUUCGAUAUUUAUCACUUUCCUAUGUCUAACAUAAUUAAUUAAGAUGGUAAUAGCAAUAACGAAAACAACCAAAUGUUAGAUCAGAAUUAAGCUAAUUAGAAUAAUCCACAGUAAUUGCAAUUUGCUUAGAACUUAAAAUAAUAUGAUUAGCAAAAUUUUAUGAUACUCAAGAAAAUAAAAACAAUUGGAGUUGGAGAAUCUUUUGGUUUCGAGUCCUUUUUUACUGAUAAUCCUCAUAAAUUUGUCGUAAAAUCAAAAGAUUUUUGUAAGUUACUUUACAUAGAUAGGUAGGAUUUUAUUGACUUAAUGAGACAGCACAGCCUUUAAGAAGAUUAUGAAAAAUUUUGUUUCAUACGCGAUUCAUUGAUAAACGACAACAAUCUAACUCUCUUAGGAACAAAGUGUCAAUCUUGUAAGAAGUUUGACCAUUCACUGAAUGACUGCCAGUACGUUCAUUACAUCCCAAAUAAACUGAAUUUGAUUUCGCGCUUUAAUGUUUCUACGGAUAUUAUCGAGCGUAGCAAAAAAAAAGAAAGAUGGCCUAAAAAAAGACACAGAAAUUCACUAACAAAUAUAGUUUAUUAUUCAGAGUCAGCUUUAGAAUAUAUUUAAAAAAAUCAAGAUUAUAUCGAUAGUGUAUUAAACUAUGAAGAGUAUUCAUUUGUUAGUUCAUUUUCUGAUUACUCAGAAGAUGAUUAUGAAAAUGAAAUUGAAUAAAGCAACUCAAGUGAUGCUAGUGAAGAAAAUAAAUUUAAAACUGAUGAAGUUUAAGAUGAGGAAGAUGAAAAUGAAGUUAGCUUUUAAAAAAGUCUUAAGCUUUCUGAAGCAGAUGCCAAUAAAAAUUCUGAAAACGCUAAAAAAGAUUUACUUAUUGACAUCUAAAAUUUAAAUAAUGAAGCAAAACAUAAUUACUAAGAUAAUUACAUAGAUAGCGCUGUUAAAAAAAAAAUGUCAAUAAGAGAUCAAUCUUUUCAUUUAAAAAGCCCUGAGUCUCUUUCAUACAAAAAAGCAAGUAUUUCAAAGCAAACCUUUAAUUCUGAAAAAACUAGCAGCAUUAUUGAUGAAGGAUCUCCAAGAAAUGAGUAUAAAAUUCGUUACAGUUAGCUUAACUUGAAUUCGGGCAGAAUGAGGGCGAAAACGAUAAACGAUCCUCCUCUAACACCAAAUAUUAUAACUAGAUAAAGCAAAUAAGAAAUUGAAUUAAAAGAUCAUAUUUAAAAAAAUACCACAAACACUAUUCAAGAAGAAUAAAGAGAGAGAAGAGCUUCUUAAAUAAAUAAAAUUUAGAAAAGAUUGACAUUAAAUCAAAAUACUGGGUUUAAUACUUCUGUACCAAGGAAAAGCAUUUAAUAUAACUAAGCAUUAUGUUUUACACCAAACAUAAAAAAUCAUUAGACGAGCAAAGAUUAAAACAUAGCUAAUCAAUAGCAGUCUCAUGCGAAGAAUUUUGUCUUUAACUUUGUUUAGAACAAUGAGCAAAAAUAGUAAAUGCCUCUAAUAAUUAAACAUAUUGAAUCAAUCCAUAAUAUGUAGCAAAAAUAGGAUGGAUCUAAAUUUAAAUCCUACUAAAAUAGUGAACAAUAAUUAACUUUAAAUAAUUAAGCAGAAGGUAAAAAGUCUGAUUUAGGUACCUAAAAUGAUUAAUAUCAAUUGCAACCUAAAUAAAAUAUUGAAUUAGCUGUAAUUAAAGAAGGUAGCAAUCGAUGCAUUAAACGAAAGGAAAACUAACAAUAAGAUUCUACCCAAAUUUAGCAUUAAUAAAAUGACUACGAUUAACAACAUUUAUUUUAUUUGCAAGGCUAUCAAAAUUAUAAAAUAUUUGACGACUUUGAAAAGAUGCAUUAAUUUAAGUUUUACUAUCCCCAGUAUAAUUAUGAUAGAAUUAUAGCUAACUUAAAAAAGAGAAGAGCUUAAAUUUUACAAAGAUAUAUUAACAACACCAAUAGUAAAGAAAUAGAAUCCUCAUUUAUUCAACCUAACUCAAAUAGUAAACUUCAGAAAAAGUUAAAACUCUAAUUAGGUAUCACAAAAACCAUCUCAAAAUUCCAAAAUCAAGUGUAAUAAAGUAAGUUUUUUGAAAAUACUGCUUUAAAGUAAUCAUUUUAAGAAAGCUAACAAACUCAAGGUUCACCAAAAAAGAAAUCAAUAAUUGUUAAUUCUCCACUCAAUUUUAAUUCUCAGUUUAACAUUAACAAUAAUCAAAAUGUGACUUCUCCAAUGAAUAAUAGUUAAAAUGAAGUAGUAUCCAUAUGCACUUCCAACAAAAAUAAUUUGAUUAAUGAUAACUAGAUUACUUCUUAUUAAAACCUCAAUGAAUAAAAUAAUAAUGACGAUUAUAAUUAUAAUAAAAAUGAUAUAUAGCUGCAAACGUUGUCUUAAAAUAUUGGUUUAAAAUCAUAAACUGAUACUCUCAAAAACUCAAUCUUUAAUGUAAAAUUUGCUCCUCUAAUAAAAAAAAUAAAUUCAAAUAAAAAAUUAUCAUUUAAAAAAUCUUACUCUAUCUCGAGCAACAACUCUCCUAAAAAUAAUAGCUAAUAAAACUGA